CUCUUCCUCCCUCCCCGUACGUGUUGAUGAGGUGAGACCCCGCGGCCUGAGUCUCUCAGGAUCCGGCUUCCACAGCCAGCGGCCAUAAAGAGGGGGCGAGAGGUAGCGUCGCCUGAAGCUGUUGCUGCCAACAUGGAGUCGGAGGGGAAAGGCGGCGAGGAUGAAGAGAGCCUUCAAAUGGCGUUCAAAAAGCUAAAGGUGGACUCUGAGAGUGCUGCGGCUGCGUCAGUCCGAAUAAAUGCAGAAACGCCAACUCCUAGGCCGUGUGUGCGAGGCAGCCCUGAAGUAGCUAAGCCGAGGCUGGUGUGCUCAUCGAAGGAAAGCUGGCAUGGGUCGACCAGAAAGCCUGCACGAGGUGUCAUAAGAACCCAGCGCAGAAGACGCUCCAAGUCGCCUAUUCUCCAUCCUCCCAAGUUCACGUACUGCAGUUCUGCCUCUUCCGCCCCCAACUGUCAGGUGAAGCACGCCAGCCAGGCUGACAGCUACCAGGGGCUGAGCACACAGUCUCCCAAAGACUGCUGUAAAGCCGGACAGUCUGACCCCGUGUUCGGCGCUAAAGUCCCCAGUGUCUUCCGUCUGGAGUCUCCAGAAGCUUCUGCUGGUGGAAGCGUCACCGAGCCCAGCAGCGAGGCCCUGGGGGAAGCUCCCAAAUUGGCCGCAGCCUUGGAGUCACGCCAGGAGUCCGGCCCCACGUCCGACUUUGAGUCGCUUUCCAAGCUCCACGAGACAGACCGGUGCUGCUGCGAGCAGAAGGAGUGUCGCUGCAAGCCCUGGCAGGAGGUCGAGGUGUACUCCUUCACUGGCCUCCGCAGUGUCAUCUCGGAGUGCGAGAGGGAUAUGCACACGUCACCACAGAGGAGAACUCAGGCUGGGGCCUCGGGUUCCCUGCGGUCCUGCUCCGAGGAAGCCCGAACAUUUGUGGAAGACAUCACAAUCGAAGACCUAUCGGGAUAUAUGGAAUAUUACCUGUACAUUCCCAAGAAAAUGUCACACAUGGCGGAGAUGAUGUACACUUAAGAUGUUAACCCUCAACUCAACAAGUGGCUGCUUUUGUGAACUAACGUGACUGACUGGUAUGAACUGUAUUGGAGAGAAGAGUGGCUUAAAGGAAUUAUGCAAUUUUUGGGGGGAUUUGUUUUUUAAACAUCCUUUUCUGUUUGUUUAGGCCCUCAUUGUAGUUUGCAGUCAUGUUAGUCCUGUGGGUAAGGUGUGACGUUGUUAGACUAAUGUACUUUGCAGCACAGCGGCGGAAUCUGCUUGAGGUUAACUCUUUGCCCAAUAAAGUGAACAAUCAAGUGACUGGGGAGGGAGAGAGAAAAAAACUAUUACUUUUACAUAAGGUGUCUGGAGCAGUGACGCUCACUCCUAAGAGAGGAACACCUGCACUCAGAGAGGAACAAUGUCUCUCAGUGCUUGUUUGGUGACCUUAUAUAUGGUUAUGUUUAUCUGGAGGUCAGAAGUAUUUUCCUGGCAUUCUACACAUAAACAUGCUGAUCAGCCUUCAAUCUGAAGUAUUAACACUGCAUGCCAUGUGAUAUAGACCUAGUCAUAGGUGCCUCAUUCACUAGUCCAGAGUGUUGCACACAAAGGCUCCACCAUCACGCCUUGCAGCCCUCCUCCCUUGCAGUAAGAGUAAGGUUUUUAAGAUUGUGGGAGUGAUUGACUCCCCAUUAUAUGUGCGCAUAGGCCAGGCUGUGUAUUCUAUUAAUAUUGUAUUUGUUGCUGGAUAUGUUUCGGGGGUGGGGGGAGCGAGAGAAACAAAAUCUGAAAAUGUUUAACUUCACUUUCAAACGCAGAACUUCAGUAAGCUCCCCCGGCACACUUAACCCUCCAGUGAAACCCAGACUUGAGCCUUUCCCUACCUAAGGGUGGCCGAAUUCUUCCCCCCCCCCCCCACACCACCCAUUCCCCAUCAAAAUGAACACCUUCCUGGCGUUUGUGCAUGGGUCAAAGGGGUUAUUAGUGUCUCAGUCAGACAUUACGCAAUGUCAGAGUGAGAUUAGUGUCAGGUGGUUGACAGCAUGUGACCGCUGCAUGUUAAUCUAAUUUGUGUUCAGGAACACUAAUAAUUCAGUGUAAACUAAUUGCCUGCCGUAUGACUCCAUGUGUAACACGCCUGACCCACAAGUGAGGCCUUUGAAUCCUACGUGUCUCGAUUUAAGAUCCUGCACUGUUUGAAGUUGCUCCUGGAAUCUAGUGCACAGUCUAAUCACAAUAGCUCUUUUUUUUAUUUAUUUAAGAUCUUAUUUAACUAUAAGUGUAUGACAGCAAUAGGAAUUGCCAAUUUCCAUCGUUCAGAAAAAAAAGCCAGUGUGCACUGAUGAACAGCUACUACCUUGUGGCGACUUUUAUUUUCUUAUUCGCUAGGAUUGCUGCAUCUUAAUUUUUCUCUCGAGGAAAGCUUUAGCUAAUCGGAAUGUCAUUUGAUUGAAUUGCAGCUGCAUGGUCCUUUUACCAUUGAAUUGAUCAGUCCACCCAAUGGACGGACUGACUAACUGGUUGAGUUUGAAUCCAAUCCACACCAAUGGAAUGCAGGUCUCUCCACUUCUCUGCUGGGAUGAAUUGGGGGGCAGUCAUAACAACCAACAGAAAACCAAUUACAUUUGUAUAUAGCACCCUUCAUGUCCUCUGCCUCACCCA